GUUCUUUCUGCUAAUAUUUAACAGGGCAUUUUUUGAGUGAUGUAGCGGAGCCCCACGCACAAAGAAGUACCAGUAUCAUUGAAAUACAGUAUAUUUAUCAUGUGCUAUUCUCGCUACUCUUCCGCACAGACAAUGAGGUCCCUUUUGCUGUGAUUACUGGAUGACAUUGAAAUGCAAAAUUAUGGACUUUUUUAUUCUGUCGGUGGUCCUUCUGUCAUACAGCACUCAAGUUUCCGCUCUUCUAAAGCUGUCGCCCGUCAGCUUGACUGUCCUUAGCGGGGACGAGGCCCGCUUUACCUGCAGUACCGACAGUGCAGAAUGGGAUGUUAUGAUGUGGGAGCUGAACAGCACGGUGGUGGUCACCAUCUCCAGAAUUCACAAUGUGCUUUCCUCCACCUUGCCCAAUGUGACAGCAGAGAAAAGCCAGAAUGGAGAUGGUUGGGAGUUGGUUCUCAAGAGUGUGGAGAGGCUCCAUGAGGGACAAGUGAGCUGUAACCUCCAGGGCAAUGGCAAGAAAACAGCAAGGCUAUUUGUUCAAGAAAAAGGCACUGUGAACAUCUUUGGAGGCAACACGAUGGCUUUAAAGGGAGAGUUGGUCUGGUUUGAGUGUGACGCCGUGGGAUGGUACCCCGAACCUUCUUUGCAAUGGGAAGUCCAUGGUAAAAAGUUGAGCCAGAGUUCAUACCACCUCAGCAGUGAACAGACGGGAAAGAGCCUCUUCACUGUGAGCAGCAACCUCAGCAUGACCGCGACACAGAGCUCACGUGUUGACUGUCUGGCCUCAGUGUCUGCCCUCUCCACGCCACUGAUGAGCAGCAUUUAUCUGACAGUGGUUGCAGAGGUGGUGGCGGAUAAAGAUGACUGCACAGUUCCGUUGGCGGUAACGUCCUCCCUCACCACUCUUCUCCUGCUCCUGCUCCUGCUGCUCUGCAUCUGCACUGUCCUCUGGUACAGAGAAAGGAGACAAGCAAAGAAAAGUACACAGGAUGCAAACAGUAAUUGCAGGCGUGAGGAAUCAAACAAUGGACGAGGUUUGCCUGCCGAGCCUACAGGUGGCAGGGUCAACUUUGGAUAUAUGAGUGAGGGCACAACAGAUGCAGUUUACAAAGAGAUAAUCAAGGAAAUUCAUAGCAAGAUGGAUUUUGUCAGCGUUGACAAGAUCCCUGAUGUUGUGACAUCUAGCAGCCUGUCUUUACAUCGUGACGGUCACACCCAAGUCAACCUUUCAGAGGAGAACUCCAAAAACAUCAGGAGAGUUACGACAGUUUGAACACAUUUGAUGUGCUUUCUGUCAUGAACGGAACAGAGGAUAGGACCCAAAAAUGCACGACUCCAAAACAAAUUGACAGUUUCCAAAAAGAGAGGUUUAAUAGACGGGCAUAGGUCGGUACACAGGCAGGCAAUCCAAGAGAGGCAACAGUAUCCAAAAACAUGAGGCAAAGAGACAAGGUCGAUAAUCGGAACAGGGUCAAGUCUUACUGUGAAUCUAUGACGUGGAAACAAGGAAUGCUGGAACGCGACGACAAGGUACAACGAACUGGCAACGAGAGGAAAUGAGACACGAGGUUAUAUACAAGGGGUAAUUAGGGUGAACGAGGCACAGGUGAUGAAGAUGCUCACAUGAGCAGGUGUGUGUGAAACAGGGGGGGAAGACAAAACCCGGAACACACACAUAUGACACUUUCUGAAUUUAGAUGUGACGUAUUUUCACCAAUGUUUCCAAAUGUUUUUGUAAAGCCACUAGCUCGUUGCGAGUGUUUUUAAUUACAGUGAAACUGUGAAGGCAAACACAAUUCAUUCCAGGAUGAUGGUUGGCUUCACUAUUUAGAAUAGCAUUUUUCACUAGAAAUAAUAGAAAAAUAGAUAAUCUGUUCUGUACCCAUCAUAAAACCUUUAUAAACUAUACAAGGAAUGUUUUGGGUAACAUUUUAACCCGUGUAGAAAUAUGUUUAACCAUUGUUGUAAAAUAUAAAACAAUAUACAGUAAUGUUAGAGAGAGACAUUGCUGCUUGUGAGGUAGGUCACUUCACAUUAAAGGUCAGAGGAUAAAGAUGUUAACAAUUUUCUUGAUAACUCUAGAAGCCCUUUACAAACCACAUCUGCCAUUUCGAAGUGAUUAUAUAGCAGAUAUACAGCAGUUAAAUCAAUAAAUAUGUUGCAGAAUGCGCCUUCUGCUUUUUGCAUCUAGCGCCUUCCGGUCUUCGGCUCUAUCCGGCACUGUGAUGUCACAUGAGCCAAGCAGCCUGUUCAUUCGGCGUUGUGUGCUAUUGUUCCACGCUGUUGUUCCCGUCCUUGUUUAUUUGUAUGAUUUAGCGAUGUCACAAUGGUUUAUUGUGGGUUAGGGUUAGCAACCGCCAGCAAGAGAAAUAAUCUCGCAGCCGCCACGGUGCGGCGACGAAGCAGCGCAGACAAGAGGUGAGCAGGUACCUUUGGCCAAAUUUGAAAUUAUAUAACCAAAUGGCUUAAGAGGAUCCACUGUAAAUGUUUCUGGUGCACUGGUUUCUAGAAAUCAUCACAAUACUGUAUAAAAUAAAAUAAUAAAUUGCCAAAUGUCACAAAUUGUAUUCUGAUUAUAAGGAAAAAAUGCAAUAAAAAUAGGGGUUCGACUCUUUUGCAUUUUA